CCUGCGCGCCCCGGCUUCUUCCGACUUCUUCAGGGGCAGGGCGCAUGGUUGUCUUGGUGACCGCUCCCUAACGGUCUGGUGGCCCCGAGAUACUCGUGGAGGGUUUGCAGCCUGAGCUGCUGACUGAAGACGCCUUUGGUUCCAUCAAGUGUCCGAGAAGAUUGACCCAGAAUAAUAAAAUGUCUCGAAAAAUUGCCAAGGAGUCAAAAAAAGUAAACAUCUCUAGUUCUCUGGAAUCUGAAGAUAUUAGUUUAGAAACAACCAUUCAUACAGAUGAUGUUUCCUCAUCAGAAGAACGAGAGGGUAAAGUCAGAAUUACCAGGCAGUUAAUUGAAAAAAAAGAAAUACUUCAUAAUAUUCAGUUACUGAAAAUCGAGCUAUCCCAAAAAAAUAUGAUGAUCGACAAUUUGAAAAUGGAUUAUCUUACAAAGAUUGAAGAGCUGGAGGAAAAACUGAAUGACGCCCUUCACCAGAAGCAGCUGCUAACUUUGAGAUUAGACAAUCAGUUGACUGUUCAAAAGAAAGAUGCCAAGAAAUAUCAAGAACUAAUGAAACAAGAAAUGGAAACUAUUUUAUUGAGACAGAAACAAUUAGAAGAGACAAAUUAUCAGCUAAGAGAGAAAGCUGGAGAUGUCCGUCGAAACCUGCGAGACUUGGAGCUGACAGAAGAGCAGUAUGUGAAGCUGAAAUCCUUUCCUGAGGACCAGCUCUCCAUCCCUGAAUAUGUGUCUAUUCGAUUCUUUGAGCUUGUAAAUCCACUAAGGAAGGAAAUCUCUGACCUCCAAGUGAAGAAGAAUGAACUGUCUGAAGAACUAAGUACGAACAAGGGCCAGCUGAAGCAGCUGACAGAGACAUAUGAGGAAGAUAGAAAAAGCAACUCUGAACUUCAAAUUCGAUGUCAGCGCUUGGCUUUGGAAUUGGCAGACACCAAACAGUUAGUUCAGCAAGGUGAUUACCGUCAAGAGAACUACGACAAAGUCAAGAGUGAGCGUGAUGCUCUUGAACAGGAAGUACUCGAGGUUCGAAGAAAACAUGAAAUACUUGAAGCCUCUCACAUCGCUCAGGCUAAAGAAAGAAGUGAAUUAUCAAAAGAGGUCACCACCUUGCAGCAGACAGUCACCCUCCUGCAGAAGGAUAAGGAGUACCUCAAUCGCCAAAACAUGGAGCUCAGUGUCCGCUGUGCCCACGAAGAGGACCGCCUUGAGAGGCUGCAAGUGCAGCUGGAAGAGACCAAAAAGGCUAGAGAAGACAUGUAUGAAAAAUACGUCUCUUCCAGAGACCAUUAUAAAACAGAAUAUGAGAAUAAACUACAUGAUGAACUGGAACAAAUCAAAUUGAAAACUAAUCUGGAAAUUGAUCAGCUUCGAAAUGCCUCUAGGGAAAUGUAUGAACGAGAAAACAGAAAUCUCCGAGAAGCCAGGGAUAACGCUCUUGCUGAAAAGAACCGAGCAGUGACAGCAGAAAAGGAUGCUCUAGAAAAGCAUGAGCAGCUCCUUGACAGAUACAGAGAGCUCCAGCUGAGUACAGAAAGCAAAGUAUCUGAAUUUCUCCAUCAGAGUAAGCUGAAGUCCUUUGAAAGUGAACGUGUUCAGCUCCUGCAAGAGGAAACUGCAAGAAAUCUCACACAGUGCCAGUUGGAAUGUGAAAAAUACCAGAAGAAAUUAGAGGUUUUAACUAAAGAAUUUUAUAGUCUCCAGUCUUCUUCUGAAAAACGCAUUACUGAACUCGAAGCACAGAACUCCGAGCAUCAGGCGAGGUUAGACAUUUACGAGAAGCUGGAAAAAGAGCUUGACGAGAUAAUAAUGCAAACAGCAGAGAUUGAAAAUGAAGAUGAGGCUGAAAGGAUUCUUUAUUCCUAUGGCUAUGGUGCUAAUGUUCCCACAACAGCUAAAAGACGACUAAAGCAAAGUGUCCAUUUGGCAAGAAGAGUUCUUCAGUUAGAAAAACAGAAUUCAUCAAUUUUAAAAGAUCUGGAACAUCAAAAGGACCAAGUGAGACAGCUUUCACAAGAGCUUGACAGAGCCAAUUCACUGUUAAACCAGACUCAGCAACCCUACAGGUAUCUCAUAGAGUCUGUGCGGCAACGGGAUUCCAAGAUUGAUUCACUGAUGAAGAGUACAGCUCAACUGGAGAAAGAUGUCAGCAAUUUAAAUAAAGAAAAGUCAACCCUGCUUCAGACGAAGAACCAAAUGGCAUUGGAUUUGGAACAACUUCUAAAUCACCGUGAGGAAUUUGCAGCCAUGAAACAGAUUAUCAUUAAUAUGUGUAGUAAACAUUCUGAGAACAACUUACUUACCAAAAUGGAAUCAAAAAGUGUGACAGAAAAUCAAGCAUCCAAGAUUUUGAACAUGCCAAGAGAACAUGAAGACAAUGUAUUUAUACCCAAUCCAACCCUGUUUACUAAAAGGGAAGCACAAGAAUGGUCCAAGAAUCAAAAGAUGAAGGCCUAGUGUUUGAUGCUGGAGGAAGCCAGAGCCUAACCCUAACCCAGCCAGGCCCCUCCCGCCACACUGCACGCCCAGCCAGGGCCGCUGCUCUGUGUUGGAGUGGGGCCUUGUAUCAUCGUGUUCUCCAGAAGUGCUGUCUCUGGGGGGGAGAAACAUUUGUUUUAAUCAUGUACUUGACAGUUUCAAAUAUAAGUAACUUAAUGUUUAUUUUAACUAAUGUUAAAUUAAAUUUCAGUAUAAUCAACAUAUAAAGUACAAAUAGUUGUAUGCUUUAUAUUUUGGUUUUAUGUAUUUUAUUAUAAAAUAAAUAUCCAUCCUCUGA